AUGAAUCUUACUGAAUACCUUGAGAGCAAAAUAGGAAUUGUUUUUGCUGUUGCAAUUAAUGAUAACCAUUCAGUGAAGCGUAAUUGUAUCAUUGCAGGUUGCGUUUUGUGUAUCGAAGCAAAAGAAGGCGAAAAUGCACUAACUCUUUUCCUGUCACAUUAUACUGUUGAAUUCAAAAAGCGUUCCAAGCAUUUCACAAUCAUCCUUAACUCGAAAUACGCUGCGAUUCCAAAGAAAUACCACUUAAAAUCAAAUCUUGAACAAGAAACCGAACAAUUUUAUUUUGCCAUAUCCACAGCUAUGACAUCGUUUGAAUUGUUUGAACCCAAACAAGCCAUCUUUAAUGUAGAAUUCAUUGGAAGGCAAGAUUUAGUUCAGGCAAAAAUUGUUUUUUACGAGGAUAAUUUUGAGGUACAAACAGAUCAAGGACAGAUCCUCCAGAAGUAUUAUUACUCUUCUGAUCUGAUUUGCUACUCAACACCUAUAGAUCCGCUUGAAUUGAUUAUUGCAAAAGAAAAGUACGAUAUAUUCUCAUUCAUUUGCAGCGACAUGAGUCAAUUAUGCGAGAUAAUGGUGCUUGCUAACUCAAGAAGGCCUCAUAAGUAUUUCGACGAAAAUAAGAAGAAGAAUUCAGGUCAAAAAACAAUUCUUCAGAGACAAUUCGACUCUCUUAUGUCAUGGGAAAAGAAGAAUAAGUCAGCAAUGAAGCAUACAAAGAGAGCAGGCUUUAGAGCUUUGUAUGAUGUUACUCCUGUUGAGUAUUACAACGGAACUAACGCACAACCACCAAGUACAAGCACCGAAAAAGGAAUUCCUAUUUCUCCAUUACGUGGCUAUGACUUUGAUAGAGAGAUGGAAAUGCGUUUAUCAAAAGUUACGGAAGAUCCAGACUACCAAGCGGCAAAAGCCACACAGGAGAAGUACCUUACAGAAAAGCCGGAAACUCCAUCAAAUACCCCUCAAAACCAGCCAGUCAAAUCUAUCGACGAAAUUAAAGUUCCUCUUGAUGAAGAUCAAGGACCAGUCAUCAAAGAAAACGAAAACCUUUCAAAUCUUUUCAAACCAAACUCUCCAAUGUCUUCUUACCAGCAAAAAUCUCUCGCAACUCAAAAAACGCUUCCUGAAGUCAUCUUGCAUCUCCAGAAAGCAGGUAUGAGAAUGAACAAGCAAUCUUCGAUCCAGGUCCCCAAGACUUAUACGAAUAUCGACAAUUAUUUCUUUACAUCCUUAGUUACAGCUAAACCUCAUGAUUUCCCAUCAUAUAUGGCUACAGCAUUAUUACAUGGAUGCAAGAAUAUUCCAAAACUCUACGAAGCUCUUUGCAAUAUUCCAUUCCAGAUUGGAGAUGUCAGACAAACAUUACUUGCAAGGCCUUUCAACGAUUUCAACGAGGCUUGCUACUUCAUAGUCGAAAUGACUAACAAAAUGCUCUUCAAGUACUUCAUUCUCGCUUUAGAACCCGAAAUCAAAUUUAAGCGCGAAAAUUACAGAGCUGAUUCAUUGAUUCGCAUUCCAGGCUUCUGUACCCAACUCUCAUCGAUACAAUGUCCUCAGUUAACUCCAAUCUUCAAUCCAAGUCCUCCAAAAAUUUAUUACGAACAUUCUUUCGCGAUUUGCCUUCAAGACGCUACAGAUCAGUUUGCUUCAUCACCAUUUACAUACUUGGAUGCACCAAUGGAUACCGAAAAUCCAUUUUACCUCAUUAUUGAGAAUAUCAUGAAUUAUAUCAAUCCUUCGAGGAUUCCGCUCGACAAAAUCUGGAACCAGAUUGAUAACUUUAUCACAGAAGAUAUGGCUUACCUCACAAUCGAAGAUCAAGGAGUGAGAGUUGUUGCUUAUAUCCUCGGAAUGCUUUCCAAAGAGAGAUUGGCGAAGUGGAUGUUCUUUGGUUGGACAAAGCUCAAGAUUCUCUUGAAGCUCAACAAAAGUGAUAAGUCCUGCCUCUACAUGUUUGCUGCUCUUGUAGAUACUGAAAAAAUCAUGAGACUUAUCGUCAACCAAGAUAAUAUCUUAGACCUUGCUAGUAAGGUAUACCCAGUUCUCCAAAAGAAUUUUUCAAUUUCUUGUUAA